AUGGAGGGCAGAGGUCUGUCUGAGGAGGUUGUGUCUGCUGCCUGUAAAGAGGGAGACCCCAUCACAAAGGACUACAUGAUGCAGCAGACCAUGCUGAGGGUCAAAGAUCCGGCUCGAUCACUCGGCUUCUACACACGAGUCCUGGGCCUGACGUUGCUCCAGAAAAUCGACUUCCCUUCGAUGCGAUUCACCCUCUACUUCCUGGGUUAUGAGGACAAAUCAGAGAUCCCGGCUGAAAUCAAGGAGAGGACGGCGUGGACCUUCUCUCGUAGAGCCACCUUAGAGCUCACACAUAACUGGGGUUCAGAGUUGGAUGAAACUCUGUCUUAUCACAACGGAAACAACGAGCCGCUAGGAUUUGGUCACAUCGGCAUCGCUGUCCCAGACCUUGACGCUGCCUGCAAAGUAUUUGAGGAGCAAGGAGUGACGUUUGUGAAGAAACCAGACUCAGGUAAAAUGAGGAAUCUGGCCUUCAUUCAGGAUCCUGACGGCUACUGGAUUGAGAUUUUAAGUCCUAACAACAUGGUGUCAUUAAUGUUGCCUUAG